CUCCCUGCUGCCAACUCUCGGACGUCAGUUCUCUCUAUCUCUCUAUCUCUCUGCUUUGUGCUACAUUGUAUCGGGUUAGAAUGUGAUGGGGUAGCUCGGGGACGGGCAGAAUAAUAGAAAUUUUUACCUUCAGUUUGAUACCUGGUAAUACUGUUGCCAUGGUUUCUUUGCACAGUCUUCCUGGCAGGGUAUCCGCAGGAGUGCACUCUGACCUUUGAAACGGAGGCCGACAUCACCAUCCCACAGGGCAGUACCCUCUCACUGAUGAUGUCAUCUGAUGUCAUCACCGACGGCGAAAGAGACUCGGUGGUUGAGGAGGGACAGAGGAAGAUGGUGAUGACGCUCCCCGAGGUUCCUCCCUCCUCCUCCACCUCCCUCCCUCUCCACCUCACCUUCCCUCCCUCCUCCCCCUCCUCCCUGGAUAAGAUGUCUAGUGGAGACACUGACAGCACACACUACCAUCAGUUGUCAGUGUUACUGGAGGGUGCGGGGGAGCCUCUGAAGGGGAGGAUAUAUGUCCCGGUCCGUCAACCUCUCACCCUCACCCACUGUGAGCACUCUGCCGGAGAGAGCACCUACCUCCAGUUGUCUCUGGAGAACACGUCUCCGGCUCCUCUGCUACUCAGCAGUCCGUCUCUCUCAGUCGAUCUCUCCACCACUCAACUCCACACACAGCUACCUCUGGCCCUAGAUCCUGGUGGAAACUUCUCCUGCAUAUGGCAGACCCAGCCCUACUCGCGGUCAGUGGGGGAGGAUGGGAAGGCUGUCUUCACUCUUCAAUACAGACCUCUCAUUGCGGACCAGGAAACGUCACACGUGGAUCUCAGCUAUGCCUUCCCAGUGUCCAACAUGAGAACCGUCUUCCACAGCCAACUGUUCAUCAGUAGUCUCGGGGACACCCCUGUCACAGCAGGGAAAGUGGCGGUCCUCAAAUACGUCAUCAGCAACGUGGCCAUUGGUCUCCCUCUCUCCCAUCUCCCGGACAACCUCCACUACACCAUCUCUGACCCCGCCGACCUCUGGCAGUUCCACGACAGCUCCUCUGGAGUGAUAGGUUCUCCAACUCCGGGAAUGUCGGAUCAGAUCUGCGUCAGGGCCGUGCCGAGCAAGCCCGGGGCUCUCGCUCCACCAAGACUCACUUUCAGAGUCCCCCGGGUGGGGUCAAGGGUCGACGAGUCGGACUGUAAAGGGGCGGAGAUGGUUGUCUUGACGCCGGCCCAGGUGUACGAGCUGUCGCUGGGGGAGACAGUAACUGUGGUGGUAGGAUAGGUUGUGGCAAAACUUCACUUUUUUACAUUCAUUUUUGAUUCAAUUUGAAAGUCCUCCGAUUUACCCUUCUUUCACCCUUUCAUUUUUGAUUGUGCAUCUCCCAUCAUGUUCAAUGGAGAGUAAAAGAACUCUUGGUAGUGAAUGCACUGAUCCUGAACGCAGGCUGCAAUGCGCAUUACAGUGCAGGCUACUGUUUGGGUAUAUAUGUAAUUCAAACCUGCUGUAAGUUCAGUAUAAUAAAUUAUACGACUGUUUUGUAGCUGGUUGUGAAUGGGUCAUGUUCUCGCGGCUGCACAGUGAUGCAAU